AUGGACGGCCAAGGGCAGGGCAAGCAUGAGAAGGGUUCCCACUUGGGUGGCGGCCACGUUACCAAAGAGAUGCUGGGAGAAAUCGACGUCACGAAGCUGGCGCGAGAGCGACGCAUGAAGCAGAAGGAGAACCCAGAACCUACAGCCGAGUGGGGAAAGCCGCCACCGAAACCAGCCCACCAGAGCAAAGAGAGCAACACGGGUCGCCGGGCCGGCCUGGACCGGAAGUACGUCAAGGCACUGGAGCCCUCCUUGCAGCAUCGGCUGCAGGAGUCGCGCGAAGCCUGGGGCUCCAUGCGCCAGCGUGCGCGAUUGGCGCGGCUGCCGGUGGUGCACGAGCCGGAGCCGGAGGAGCCUGCAAAGCAACCUCAUGCAGUUGCCGAGGCUCCACCUCCGGCACCGGCACCAGCGCAUGCGCUGGCGGAACCGGCACCUGCAGAGCCGGAGGCACCGGAGAAAGACAGAGCGGUGGAUCUGUUUAGGUCCUUCUUGUCGCAUGGCCGAGAUGCACAGAACUGGCGGAAGAACGAUCUGCGAUUGAUCAACAACUUCGUGGUGCCAUGGCUCUUCGGCGGCGACGCGCGCAUCGACUGGGCUCAUCCGGUCCUGGCGCUGGAUCAGCUGGAGGAGUUGACGCGCGAGGCGCCGGAGCAGUUGAAGCUGCUGGGACCUGCUCCAAAGAAGAGCGUCCAGGCUCCUUACGCCCCGGUGGCCGCUCCCACGGCGCCCACCACGCCCAACACCAUGACGCCCGGCUCCACGCCGCACGCGCGGCCCCCGCGGCCGCCGCGACCGCAGAGCCCGCUGGAGGAAGGUGCUCCACCUGCUCAGCCUGUUGCCCGCCGCUGUGGUACGGGCGACCUGCCCCGGCGCUCGAAGGCACCUGAGGAGAAUCCACGUGGUGCUCGGAGCGCCUCGCCGGCGCGGGUGUGCAGCCAUCAGGAGGCCAUUCGUGCGCGGCGGGAAGCGCUGGAGCAGGCGCGCCAGGACUCCUUGAAGAAAGCGCUUGCCAAGAAGGAGUUCGGGCACCGUGAGGAGGAGAUCGCAGCGCUGGAGGCCCAGAUGGGCACCGCCAGCACCUAUGCCGCGGCGGGGCUCAAGAAACGCCUUCAAACCUUGAAGGCUGCGGCCCUGCGAGAGGACCGCGCCGCCCAGGUCACCUGUUGCACCAUCUUGGGCGACCGCCUCAAGAUUCAGGAGGAACUCCAAGAGCUCUGCCGCGGCGCGGCCAACGGCGACUUCAUCCACCUCGCCGCGCCCGAGGCGCCGGUGGAGGUACCGGUAGAGGUGCCGGUGCUGCCGGUGGCGCCAGCACCGCUGCCAUUGACCACGCUGGUGCCUGCACCGGUGCCCAUGCCGGUGGGACCGGUGCGGCCGGUGUCCGAAAAUGCUGGCUUUCAAUGGCAGGCAUCUUCUGAGAAGUUGCUCUACUCGAGGUCGACCAAGCCGCAGUUGACCAACGAGGUGAACUUCGACGAUUGGAUGCCUCCAAAUUUGGAUGAACAUGUGACGCUGCGGCUUCAUCAUGCUCUCCAGACGGGCUAUUUGAGCAAGGAGGAACAGCAACCCCUCUGGAAAUCCUUGCAGCAGUUGGUGGACCAUCAGCCGGAGGAACAGAGGUUAGUGAUCCAAAAGUUCCUGGGUCCUACCUACGACGAUUUUCGAGAAAUCGUCAACAAGCCGAUGUGGUUGCUGCGAUGCAUCGAGCAUUGCCGACGCAGCUCGGCGCGCUCGGAGCGCGUGACGGCGACGGUGAACAACGAGCGCUUGUGGGCGGCGUUGGACGGCCACGGGCUAGGGGAAUCGGACUUGACGGAGGAGUGCUGGAAUACCUUCGGGCUAUUCCCGCCGCCCUUGCAGGAGACCGUGCUGGAGGCCGUUCGACAGAGCCUCUUGCUGAAGACGGAGAAGAACCCGUCGAGGUUCUUCACCGAGCUGUGUGUCAAUGAGGAGGCCGUUUACAACCUGGAAGCCAGGCGCGGGGAUGCAGACGAGGCCGUCCAGGUGCAACCUGCUCAAGGCACCUGGGAAUCCUUCAGCGACAGCCGCUAUCACGAACUGCUGCGGCAGUUGCUGUUGAAUACGCGCAACGCGGAGCACCAAGUGCUGCAAGUCCUGUCCGAGGACCUGCCCGGCUCUUCGGGGCUCUUGCAGGUGCAUCUGGCCACCCAGGAUGCCCGGCGCGAGGGCUCCGCCGAGCUCCUCUCGCUGCUGCAUGCAGCGGCAGCCAACGGGCUCGCGCGGCUGUGUGCCAGACUCAUCGCUGAAGGCUUCGACGUGAACGAGCGCACGGGGCACCAGUUAUUCAGUCCUUUACACCUGGCGGCGUCCAACGGCGUGCUGGCGGCGACCGAGCUGCUGUUGGCCAAGGGCGCUCAAGCCUGGCUGUUGGAUGACAGUGGCAAGACGCCCUUGUAUCACGUGGUCACGACCCUGCCGGAGGCCAAGGCGUCGGAGCAGCAGCUGUUGCUGCGGAUUGCGCAGCAGCUGGUCCUCGGCAUGCUGCAGGCCAGUGAGAUGGACGAGUUGCUGGUAGAGUCCGCGCUGGAGAUUUUGCAGCAGUCGGAACUGACUUGGCUUCUUCAGCUCCAUCAUCGCUUGCGAAAUCUCCAGCGGAAGAACCAGCAGAUCUUCACCCCUCCGAAGCUGGCCGAGUUGGGCAGGAUGUCACCUGGCUUCUAA